AUGGAGCCCCUGUUCCCGGCCUCCAUGCAGGACUGGAAUGUGUCGGUCACCCCUGGAGGUGGCCACAACGGGACGCAGGGGGGACCGGCACCCUCAGUGGGUGCCCGGGCAGUGCUUGUGCCCAUCCUGUAUCUGCUGGUAUGCGUGGUAGGGCUGGGCGGCAACACACUGGUCAUCUAUGUGGUACUGCGCCACGCCAAGAUGAAGACGGUCACCAACGUGUACAUCCUCAACCUCGCCGUGGCCGAUGUGCUGCUCAUGCUGGGGCUGCCCUUCCUGGCCACACAGAACGCAGUCUCCUACUGGCCAUUCGGCUCUUUCCUGUGCCGCCUAGUCAUGACACUAGAUGGCAUCAACCAGUUCACCAGCAUCUUUUGCCUGACCAUCAUGAGUGUGGACCGCUACCUGGCCGUGGUCCAUCCACUGCGCUCUGCCCGGUGGCGCCGCCCGCGGGUGGCCAAACUGGCCAGCGCAGCCGUCUGGGCCUUCUCUCUGCUCAUGUCGCUGCCGCUGCUGGUCUUCGCUGACAUCCAAGAGGGAUGGGGCACCUGCAACCUCAGCUGGCCGGAGCCAGUGGGACUGUGGGGUGCCGCCUUCAUCACCUACACGUCCGUGCUGGGCUUCUUCGGGCCGCUGCUGGUCAUCUGCCUCUGCUACCUGCUGAUUGUGGUGAAGGUGAAGGCGUCGGGUGUGCGUGUGGGCUCCUCGCGACGACGGCGGUCGGAGCGCAAGGUGACACGCAUGGUGGUGGUGGUGGUGCUGGUGUUCGUGGGCUGCUGGCUGCCUUUCUUCAUAGUCAACAUCGUCAACCUGGCCUUCACGCUGCCCGAGGAGCCCACCUCCGCCGGCCUCUACUUCUUUGUGGUGGUCCUGUCCUAUGCCAACAGCUGCGCCAACCCCCUGCUCUACGGCUUCCUCUCUGACAACUUCCGCCAGAGCUUCCGGAAGGUUCUGUGCCUCCGUGGGGGCUAUGGUGCAGAGGAUGCAGACACCGUGGAGCCACAGCCGGACAAGAGUGGACGGCCGCAGGAGGUGGCACUGCCUGUGCGCAGCUGUGAGGCCAAUGGGCGCAUGCAGACCAGCCGGCUAUGA